AGAGCGUGAGAGGAGGGAGAUGGAGAGAGAGAGAGAGAGAGAGAGAGAGAAAUUAUUGGAAACGUUGUAAAAUCCAAGUACCGUUAAAUUAAUACGAUAAUCUGACGCGUGGAUAUGAAUAUAUCACACGCUUGCAUCAUUGAAAUAACCAGAGUAUAAAUGCAAUCAUGCAGUUUAUAAGAUAUCGGUAUUACCAAGUAUAUUUACCAACAUAGCAAAGAACAUUUUAUCAAAUAAGAUCUUAUUGUUUCUAGAAUCUUUCUCACUCUAUAUAAAUUAAACAGUGGAUAAGGAUGUUCAUCCUUAUAACAUGGUUCUUUUUUUUACAUCAAAUCCUGGCGGAACAAGUUAUGGUAGAAGAAUGGUUUGUAAAUUUAACCAGUUCUAUCACAUUAACAAUGGAAGAAACAAAGACUAUUCCAUUCUCUGUUUUUAUCGUUUCAACAAAUCCAGAAAGCUUCAAUUUUGAUUAUAUAAGCGCAUCGACCAAUAUUGCAACGGUUAAUGGCGUUAUUACUCAAAAUAACAGCCAUCAUUUCGAUGGAAUACUUAACAUCACUGGUAUCUUCUUGGGUACUACAAAAAUUAAAUUAUAUCUUAUAAAAGAUAAGAACAUAGAAGACAGCAAAGAUAUUCUUUCUGUAACGGUAGUACGUUAUCAGCGAACAAUAGACAAGAUAUUUACUGCGAGCGUUGCGAUACUUGUAUCUAUUCUCUAUAUUAAUUUUGGCUGUGCUAUGGAUUGGGAACUAUGUAGAAAAACAUUAAAGAAACCUAUUGGUCCUGCUAUAGGAUGCUUUUGUCAAUUCUUCUUUAUGCCUUUGUUGAGUUAUGGUAUCGGAUAUUGUUUAUUUCCUGAACAGCCUGAACUACAAUUAGGCAUGUUUUUCACAGGGAUAAGUCCAAGCGGUGGAGCAUCAAAUAUUUGGACCAUAUUAUUGGAUGGAAAUUUGAAUCUUUCUGUCACUAUGACUACAAUAUGCACUAUACUUGCUUUUGGGUUUAUGCCAUUUUGGGUAUUUACCUUAGGCAAACAUAUUUUUGAACGUGGAGAACUUGCCAUACCUUACGAUCGUAUCGCAAUGUUUGCAGUUGGUCUUAUAAUCCCUUUAUUAAUAGGAUUUCUUAUACAAAAGAAAUUACCAAAACUGUGCAAGUUAAUGAUACGAAUAAUGAAACCAUUUUCAGCAAUUCUUAUAAUAUUUAUCGUUGUAUUUGCUAUCCUUACCAAUCUAUAUUUAUUCAAAUUAUUUUCGUGGAAGAUAGUAUUAGCAGGCAUGGGUUUGCCAUGGUUGGGAUUUAUUUUUGGUAUGUUGGUAUCUUUAAUCUUUAAACAAUCUCGGCCAGAUAUUAUAGCAAUAGCAAUUGAAACAGGAAUACAAAAUACAGGCGUCGCUAUUUUUUUACUUAGAUUUACUUUAAAACCACCUGCCGAUGAUUUAACCACAGUUGUACCAGUGUCAUCCGCCAUAAUGACCCCGAUACCAUUAAUAAUUUUAUAUAUAGUAAAAGUAAUAUUUAAUUAUAAACGUAGGCAACAAAAGGUUACAAACGCUUCUGAAUCUUUAGAGAAUUCUGAAUGUUGCGCAGAGCCUAUUACCACUGCCCUACAAACCAAUUUGCAUUAAAACUAAUAUAAUGCGCUAAUAGCAAUAAAUAUAAUCUUCAUUCACAGAAACGCAAUUCAAGAUUAUGAUAAUUGCAAUAUUUUUUAUAAAAGAAAUUAUUAUAUGAUAUUAGAUAAAUCUGUAAGAUUCUUUAUCUGUUUCUUAUUAAGUUGUUAUAAAGGUAUUAUA